CAAAGAAAGAAGCCAAAAGUUCAAUUGCCAACCUCGAUCGCAAAAGCUGCUCUUCGUCCACCGCGGUAGCGCAACACCAUCCCUCAAGACAAAUCUCCACUCAAUUCCACGCCGGCAAGAUGUUCGCCUCCCGUGUCGCCCGCCAGGCUUUCCGCCAGACCCCCCGCAUGAUGCGCCCCAUUCCCAAGGAGGAGCAGGCCGCCCACACCGUCUCCCAGCGCCUCCGCAUGCGCAUCAAGACCAUUCCCGCUGAGUUGUGGCCUCUCGGUGUUGUCGUCGGUUUCGCCGUCAGCGCUGCCAUCUACUCCAUCACUCGCCACCUUGUCGUUGACAAGACCAUCCGUCUCAAGCGCCAGAACCGCGCUGCCGAUUCGCACGCCCUCCACGCUGCUCACGAAGAGAAGCACUAAACGAACAACCAGGGAUUUUUGUGCAUGGGGCGUAUAAUCGAUAAGGGAACGAGGAAAGUGUUCUCGAGAAAGGUUGCCUCCAUUUUUUUUUUGGCGUAGCAUUGUACAUGAUGACCAGGAAUCAACACGGUUAAUCCUACAAAAGAGUUGAAUGUGGUCGGACGGGUGAUGGCUGUCAUUUUUGGCUCAGUGAGGGCUCCCGAGUGCCGGUGUUCAAGUGACAUUGUCGAUUUUGAUGUCAAAUGGUAAAAAAGAAGCAACAGAAUGUGAUACACUUCCAA